CAAAUUCUCAUUUGCUUCUAACAAUUUUCGUUUGAUUAAUAAAAAAUAAUAAUUGAGUCCCAUUGAGAUUGUGCUUUUUUCCCAUUUCAACUCACGUGAAAAUCAAUUUUCUCCCCAAAUCCGAAGCCUCUUAAGUUCCAGUCAGCGCAGCCCCCUUUUGUUGAAUAUCUACCGACGCCGGUAAACAGUUGCCCUUUUUCCGGCGUCUGAUCGGAAUGGUUUCACCGGAGAAUACGAAUUGGCUGUACGACUAUGGGUUUGAUGAUAUCCAUGUUCCUGAUGGCAAUUUCUCAGCUCCAGCUUCUGGGUUUUCCUGGCCGGUGCAAGCCUUGAAUGGAUCAUCCAAUGUUAGUGUCGAGAUUGAUGGAUCAUUUGGGGAAUCAGAUGUGCAGAAGGAAACCGGCUCAAAAAAGCGUGCUAGAACUGAGCCAUGUGCUCCAUCAAGCUCGAAAGCCUGCAGGGAGAAACAACGGAGGGACAGGCUAAAUGACAAGUUUAUGGAACUGGGUGCUCUUCUUGAACCUGGGAGACCUCCCAAAACAGAUAAGGCUGCUAUUCUGGUUGACGCUGUUCGUAUGGUAACUCAGCUACGAGGUGAAGCUCAGAAGCUCAAAGACUCAAAUUCCAAUCUCCAGGAGAAGAUUAAAGAGCUUAAGGCUGAGAAGAAUGAGCUUCGUGACGAGAAGCAAAGGUUAAAGGCUGAGAAGGAGAAGCUUGAACAGCAGCUAAAGACUAUGAACGCCCCUCAACCUGGAUUUUUAUCAGCUCCUCCUGCCAUCCCUGCUGCGUUUGCUGCUCAAAGCCAAGCUGCGGGCAACAAAUUGGUGCCUAUUAUUAGUUACCCUGGGGUCGCCAUGUGGCAGUUCAUGCCACCUGCGGCUGUUGACACAUCUCAGGACCAUGUGCUGCGCCCACCAGUUGCCUAAACUGGCAGCUAUAUCUUGCAUGGUGGUUUCUCUUCUGAUCCAGUUGUUACAAUAUUUGUCCAUGCUCUUGACUGUAUUAGUUUAUGCUCAAAUAUCUAACUUGGAUCUGGUGAAUCAUGAAGACCAGCUGACGUUGAACUUUAAUCCAGUUUAUUCUGGUUUUUGUUUGUAAAUUUUGUGUUUGUGUAGUUGUUUCCAUAGAUACCUCCUCCUAGUUUAGGCUAUGCCUUGUAGCUAUCCGGGAUCAGGCACUGUGAUGGAACUUGAUUCUCCAAUCUGGGGAGAGAAAAUUUGCCCACUGUAAUCUACUUUAACAUGGUUUUGUCGA